AUGACAACCUUGACUUGUCAACAUCAAGCAAUCCGAAACAUUGCAAAUCUAGCAUCACGACAAGGAUCCAGAGACUUCAGCAACACCAUCCGGACGCAAGCAGAUUUCACACAUGCAGUAAUCGGCGGCGGAGCAGUGGGUCUCGCCAUCGCCCGCCGUCUCCAACAACACUCUCCCUCUGCCUCCACAGUCCUAAUUGAGCAGCACAAAGCCGUCGGCACGGAAACCAGCAGUCGCAACAGCGAAGUCAUACAUGCGGGAAUAUACUAUGGCCACGACUCGCUAAAGACAAAACUCUGCGUGCAAGGCAAAGAGAUGCUGUAUGAGUUGUGCAACAGACACGAUAUACCGUAUAACAAUUGCGGCAAGUGGGUUGUCGCGCAGGAUGUUACGCAAGCCCAAGCCAUCGAGAAGGUACACGCGUUUGCCAACAGUAUCGGUGUACCUACCAGAUUCUUAAGCAGAGAGGAAGCUUCUCGCAGGGAACCAGAAGUCCGGGCCGAAGCGGGCGUGUUAGAAUCGCCAACAACCGGCAUCCUCGACAGUCACGCUUACAUGACCUUCCUGCACGGCAGCUUCGAAGACGCCGGCGGCGACACAGCUCUCGGGGCAAAAGUAACACGCAUAGAAGCACCCACUCCAACAUCUCCAGACUGGAAAAUCUACACUGCAGACCCGCAAGACGGAAAUGCAGAAGCCGAGCCCAUCACCGCAGAGAUACUGGUAAACUCUGCAGGUCUCUACGCCUGCGAUAUCAACAAUAUGAUCUUAUCUAAAGAAAGACACAUGCAACCUUUUUAUGCAAAAGGAAACUACUUCUCCUAUGCAGCGAGCCACCCCAAACCCGGCGUGUUGGUCUACCCAGCUCCCGUGCCUGGUCAAGGUGGCUUAGGCACCCAUCUGACGCUGGAUAUGGGAGGUCGUGUGCGCUUCGGCCCCGAUGUCGAGUGGGUAGACAGUCCCAGCGACUAUACACCCACUUCCGACCCUUCGCGUUUUCGAGCCGCUCUGGUCGAUAUCAAAAAGUAUCUACCUGGGAUCGAUGAGUCUGCCGUGGCGUUGGAUUAUGCGGGCAUAAGACCAAAGUUAGGGAAACUGGGUGCUGUGGGCGCGGGUAAGGGCUUUCAGGACUUUUAUAUCAAGAAGGAGGAUGGAUAUGAUGGGUUUGUGAAUUUGUUGGGUAUAGAGAGCCCAGGGUUGACGAGUAGUUUGGCGAUUGCCGAGGAGGUGUAUCGGUUGUUGUAUCGCUAA